GUUGCGUUGGCCUCGCUCUGUUCUUCGUGUUCCUUCGUGUUUUCUCUUCCUUCAUUUCUUGUCUGCCUGUCUAGCCGUUUAAUUUCUUGGGAUCGUGGUUGUGGAUAUAAAUCACCUCAAUCGCCCUUCAAGUUGCUCCCUCCGUCUUUCGUUACGGACACCUGUGCUUCUUGACCGAUCCACCCCCUUUUUAUCCCACUUUAAUUUCAAUUGCUGUCAACAUGGCUCCCACGGCCCUCGAACAGGAGAACCAUGCGCGUGAUGCGGAAUUCAACCGCAUCCUCCAUGGAAAGUCCGCCCAAGCUCAGGGUGGCUUCGCUGCCAUGCGCAGCAAGGAUGCCGAUGCCCAGAAGGCUGCCGUCGACGAGUACUUUAAGCACUGGGACAACAAGGGCCAUGAGGAGGAAACUGAAGAGACCCGUGCGGCCCGUCGUGCGGAGUAUGCGACCUUGACCAGACACUACUACAACCUUGCGACGGACUUCUACGAGUACGGAUGGGGCACAUCCUUCCAUUUCUGCCGCUUCGCUGCUGGCGAGCCCUUCCACCAGGCCAUCGCUCGUCACGAACACUACCUCGCUCACCAGAUCGGCAUCAAGAGCGGCAUGAAGGUUCUCGAUGUGGGCUGCGGUGUUGGCGGUCCUGCCCGCGAGAUUGUCAAGUUCACUGACGCCAACGUCGUCGGUCUGAACAACAACGACUACCAGAUCCAGCGCGCCACCCGGUACGCUGAGCGGGAGGGAUUGAGCGACAAGUUGACCUUCACCAAGGGAGACUUCAUGCAGAUGAGCUUCGAGGACAACACUUUCGAUGCCGUGUACGCCAUUGAGGCCACCUGCCACGCCCCCGAGCUGGAGGGUGUGUACUCGGAAAUUUUCCGUGUCCUGAAGCCUGGUGGUGUGUUUGGUGUCUACGAAUGGCUGAUGACUGACGAAUACGACAACAACAACGCUGAGCACCGCCGCAUCCGUCUGGGUAUCGAGCAGGGUGACGGUAUCUCCAACAUGGUCCCCAUCUCGGUGGGUCUCGAGGCCAUGAAGAAGGCCGGUUUCGAGCUCCUCCAUAACGAGGACUUGGCUGCCCGCCCCGACACCAUCCCUUGGUACUACCCCUUGGCUGGAUCCUUCAAGCACAUGACCUCCCCUUGGGACUUCCUGACCAUUGCUCGCAUGACCUGGUGGGGCCGUGGCAUUGCCCACCGCUUCGUCGGUGCCAUGGAGAAGAUCGGUCUUUUCCCCCAGGGCUCUCAGAAGACCGCCGACAGCCUGGCGUUGGCCGGUGACUGCCUGGUGGAGGGAGCUCAAAAGAACUUGUUCACUCCCAUGUACCUCAUGGUCGGUCGCAAGCCCGAGUAAACGGUUUCCAAAAUUUGCAUUAUGCGAUAACGCCUGUACAAACAUCUUCUGUGACAGCAUCCUAUUCAUAGAUGGCACGGCGGUCUAUGUUCUUUAAUAUCCCGGUUUUUUUUUUUUCUUUUCUUUUUCUUUUCCUAUCUUUUUCUCGUGUGUCAUUAUAUUGCAUACCGCCGCGGGAUGCUAUGGUUUUUGUGCCUUGUUUCUGUUCUACCUCAUGUCCUGCCCAUAUGAUAUGGGCAGUGAACGAAUCACUGCUGAGUAUGCGCCGAUGGUGAUGAUUGAUCCUUUCUGUUACUUGUCAUUUGUGGGUCAGAUAGAUUUAAUAGCGACUACCAGGAAUAACGAGUCAAAUAUACCACCUGUAUUCAUGCCCAAC